UUUGAAAAAAUGAAAGAAAAUAAUUUGGUAUUAGAAAAAAGAUUGACAGAAUUAUCAGAUAUGGUCAGACUCGGCGAAGAGAGCGAAGAGAAACAAAUGUCUAAAUAUCUACAAGAUAUUCACGACAAGAUUGACGAAUUUUCAAAAUAUCAGCAGUGGGUGACAGAGAAAGUUAACGAAAAGCUCAGGAUAAUUGGGUGCGAUAUUGAAACGAUAAAAAAAUAUUUUGAAAACGUGUCGAAUACAAUAUUUGAUGACCUUGAAAAAAAUUUGAUUUCUAUAAAAAGUAACAGUGAAAAGUCGUUUAGCAAGUAUGAAGCACUCGAGACUUGGAUUCAAACCCUAGAAAAAGAUGUAACGAAGAACAAUUUAAGUAUCAUAGCUUUGGAUCAUUCGUACCAGGCGUUAGAGUUGGCUAGAUCCCAAAACUCCGGGUCCGCUAGCAUUUUCUCCCCCGAUUACAGUCAACCAGGUGCGUUUGUAGCAGCUCCAUCAACGGUGACUUAUGAUAAAUCACCAGUGCCGAAACCUCCGGGUCCAUAUUUCGUACCACCGACACCAUUCUGUCCACCACCCCCACCACCACCACCACCACCACCGGCUCCUAAAGUAUCGAAUGCGGACAAGUCAAGCUCUCAAAAAGUGUAUCACCGGAUCCCGAUAACGACGGAGGUUUUAAAGUCCGUUGUCCUCAAGUCGCCUGGUGAGAGGAAGCUCAAAGGAUGUGUAUUGUCCCCUAAAUAA